CAUGGUGACCAUAUCAUGGGAGACGAGUUCGUCCAAGUGUGGCAGUUGAUCUCCCAAGGUGCCAUCAAAAUCACAUCUUUCAAGAUGCCAGGUGUCGCAGAUAUGCAGGUGGUAAUGAUGGGCGAGUUGCCGUGUCUGGUGGUGGUAGAGGCUCGUGGCACAGACACGGUCCUCAUGUGCGAGAGAGAGAACAGUUUCUUUGAACGACAGCGCAUUCACACUCGCAACCCUGCCAAAGUAUGUGUGUGUCAUCACCGUGAUCCUUCUGGCCGCAUCAUUACACUGAUGGCCUUGGCUGACUCCGGAGACUCUACCCAGGCUGUUGGCUCCAUUUACGUGUAUAUUUACGACGAAGCUUUCGCAGAGUUCUACCUGGUGCAGGAGCUGCUGCUGGAGAACUUGGUGUGGGUGCAUCUCUUCUCCUACAACGCUGAUCUGUUGAUGGUGGCGCUCUCGGAGGAUGUUCACGGUGAUGGAGGGGGCAAAGUGGUGGUCUACAGACUGGAUUGGAUCAUUGGCAAGGGUAUUAAAUUACUCGGUCACUUGGGUAGCUCCAAGACUGCUGCUGCGGCUACAUUACUCUCGACCAACCCUAGUUUCUUCGUGGCACAGGAGCUGCCGGUCGAUCUCCCGAAGGAAGCUCAGUUCUCCCGUAUACCUACAGGAGAGGUCUGUCUCUACGUGAUCAACCGUAACGGGCUUGUUACUUGGUUCUGUCAGGAGGGCAUCCACAGAUUCAGGAAGGAAGGAGAACUUCAUGUGCCAGGAAAACUGACUCUGGAGGCCUGGAUGAUCUCCGAUGGAGAGAAAAUGGUUCACAGGAUCUCUGUGGCCGGUCAGAGUUGCUCAGACUCGAAACAAACAGCACCUCAGCUACCUGCUGAGGUGCUGGAGAUGAGAAUAAGAGGGGCUGUAUAUGAAAAUUAGCAAAUACAAAAUGUUAGAAAUUUCAAGAGGUACUAAAGAUGUAAAGUGAUUUUAAUGAUCUCGAGUAUAUAGCUUAAAUCUUAACAUUUGUCGACUCUGUUGAGCUAUAAAAAUAUGAAUUGGUUUGAAUAUUUUCUUGCUUAUCCAAAUUUUUGGAUACACCAUGUUGGCACGGGUAAUUAACCAUAUUCAUGAAAACAAAUAACUUUGUUGUCGAAGUGUUUUAAGAAUACUUGUGUAGAAAGAUAGUUGCGCUGUUUUUAAAUAAUUUAUAAUAGAAUUUACACAAUUGUUUUUAUUGUUGAAAUUGAGUUUCUUCCAAUGGUAAUCGUGUAGUUUUAAAGUUUUAUUCCUGUUAUUUAAAUUCUUGCCACUGAGUCACAUUUGUUUAUAAAAACUUUAAUGUUAU